UGGCCCCCGUGGCUGCUGGCCGGCCUGUGCACCCUGGUGGCCCUGCUCUGGGUGGCCUGCUGCCAUGAGGAGUCCUGGGCGGGGCUGCGGCAGGACGGACUGGGCCUGGCCUGCUUCCUGCUGGUGUGGCUGACGGCGCUCAGGGACGGCGCCUGCUUCCUGCUGGCCCUGCUGGCCUUGGAUGUCUUCUUUGUCCUCGUCAACCCCCUCCUCGCCAAGGCGGGCAAGAGCGUCAUGGAGGAGGGCACCACGGGCCCUGUGGAGUCCCCAAGCCGUGAGCGGCUGCCCACAGUACUACGGGGUCCCCGGUUGGGCAGCUCGGCCCUGAGAGCGUGCGAGCAACCCUUCUCCAUCCUCAGCUUGGAGGGCAUCGUGGUCCUUGGCUUCCUGGCCGCCUCCUGCCACCGCCUCGACGUGCAGGUCCACUCACACGGGGCCUGCUCCACAUCCUGCACUGUGGCUUGCGCCAUGGGCCUGCUGGUCACAUUCACGGCUGGGCUCCUCAUGAUGGGCCAGCCGGCCUUGCUCUACCCAGUGUCCAGCGCGCUGCUC